AUGGUAUCACUAUUACUAAAAGCCAGUCUGUCUAACAAUAACUUAUUAAUUACUAACAAGAAAGGACAGACACCAUUACACUUAGCAGCUGCCUCUGGUGAUAAGGAUACUGCUGAAGCUUUACUGUUCUCAGUCACUGGUAGUUCUACUCAUCAUGAUCUCCUUACAGCUACUGAUAAUGAAGGAUCCACUGUAUUACAUACAGCUUGCAUUAAUGGCCAUACUGAUGUGUUUAAUUAUUUAUCCAGUAUUUAUCCUCAAGAUGUUAAUGCAGUAGAUAAUAGAGGACAUGGUUUACUUCAUGCAGCAUGUGAGGGAGGAGAUAUUGGAAUAGUAAGAACACUCAUUGAGACACAUGGACUGGAUCCUUUAGCAGAAGAUGAAGAUGGCAUCACCUGCUUACACUUAAUAGCAAAGAGAAAGGAAUUAUUAUUUGAUUUUUUAAUGGAUACUCCAGUUGAUGUAUACCAGUAUUUGGAACCAAACAUUGUCUCUAAUCCAGUACCUAAAGACAAGUUUGGUCGCACUCCUCUUCAUUAUGCUUCUCAUUCUGAUAAUAUUCGUAUGGUACGUUAUCUCAUAGAGACCUUCCCCUGUACUCCUGAUGAUCCUGAUAAAAAUGGAUACACUUCAGUUCAUGGAGCAUGUGAAGCUGGUAGUAUGGAGUUAGUACAAUACUUUCUAACUGAUCUCAAAUAUAAUGCACUAGCUGAAACUGAUGAUUGUAAAACCAUGCUUUAUUUUGCUAGUAAGAGUUCUAAUUUAGAGCUUGUUCAGUUUUUAGUUGAUGUAUUCAGUUUAAAACCUCGUCCACACGAUAUUGAAAUAGCUCAAUCAGUUAAUCCUGAUUCAUCAGUAGUUAAAUAUCUUCAAGAGAUACAUUAUGAUUUAUUUCUUUUAGAACAAAGGAAAGUGAGUGGAUAUCAUGAAAAACUUGAAGGACAACAAGUUGACCCACCAGGACAAGAUAUUGUAUCUUAA